CGCUACCGGGCUGAGUGUGGGGUGUAGCUGGCCUGGCCCCUGUGCUCUGUGGUGUUACCGGGACCCGGUGUUUGUCUGCGGCGACCACACACCUGGCAGCGGAAAGACGGGACAAAAGCUAAACUAGCCGACACUACGGCAGCAUUAGGCUGGAGUUGGUCACUUACACAACUGGUGGGGAAACCGCACUGGAACCGCUUUGUAUACGUAGCUAAAUGUGGAACAAUCACGCAACAGCUAGCAGAUUAAGUUAGUUAGCUAGCUAACGUGUAGUGCUGCUUGUGGUGACUCUGGUUUUGAAACUAUUCAGUUUGCCGUUUGGUUGUAACGUUUGCUAGUUCGGCGUAAAUUAAUUUAAAAUCCUCUUAACGUCAACUAGCGGUACUUAACGAGAGUCAGAGCCCUUUAGAGAGUGUAGUGGUCAUUAUAGUGGCUGUCGUGCUAACCAGUUAAAAUACCACGUCUCAUCCUUUACUCAAGCUAAAACAACUAAUCUUGCUAACGUUACAAAGUUAACCUCUUGCUGCCCAACAGUUUCUAAAUAUUUGCAGUUUUGCUCGAUGUGAUAUGAAUCAGAGAAGGGUCAUUUAACCAGAUUCUGUGGCCACACCCGUGUAAAGUGUUGAAGUCUGUAUGUACCUAGGUUGUCUGCCCCACCAAAUUACUGUCAGGAAACGUGAAGUCGAUCGAUCGUUUGUGCACUUGUUUAUGCUCACCACAAAUAAUAUUACUUCACUUUGUCAGUCAUUUCCCAUUCGGAAACCUCUAGGUUAAGAGGGUUAAACUCUUUUCUAACCCAGUGAAAAGUGCCACUUAAGCUCAGUUCGUAGGUAAGUGAGCAUGGCUCCUAAAAAGAGACCAGUUCAUUUAACCAUUGGGCCUACUGGCGAUGGGAUGUCUACCUCCACCAACACUGAUGUUACAUCUGAGGCCAAUUUAGAAGCACUUAAAAGAAUAUUGACCGAGUUGGACCUGGAUGAACAACAGAAGAAGAGUUUAGAAGCUUUCCUUACCCAGAAGGCCAAGGUGGGCGAGUUGAAAGACGAUGACUUCCAACGCAUCUGUGAGCUGGGCGCAGGCAACGGAGGAGUCGUCAACAAGGAAUGUCACAAACCCUCAGGAACAAUCAUGGCCAGGAAGCUCAUUCAUCUUGAAAUUAAACCUGCUAUCAGAAACCAGAUCAUCCGAGAGCUUCAGGUGCUGCAUGAGUGUAACUCUCCCUACAUUGUGGGCUUCUAUGGAGCAUUUUACAACGAUGGAGAGAUCAGCAUCUGCAUGGAACACAUGGAUGGUGGAUCUCUGGACCAGGUGCUGAAAGAUGCAAAGAGGAUACCUGAAGACAUUCUGGGCAAAGUCAGCAUUGCUGUUUUGAGAGGCCUUGCCUACCUAAGAGAAAAACACCAAAUCAUGCAUAGAGAUGUGAAGCCUUCAAACAUACUGGUGAACUCACGUGGGGAGAUCAAGUUGUGUGACUUUGGUGUAAGCGGGCAGCUCAUAGACUCUAUGGCCAACUCCUUUGUUGGAACAAGAUCUUAUAUGUCGCCUGAGAGAUUGCAGGGAACCCACUAUUCUGUGCAGUCAGAUGUGUGGAGUAUGGGGUUGUCCCUUGUAGAGCUGUCCAUCGGACGCUUCCCCAUCCCUCCUCCAGAUACUAAAGAACUGGAGGCCAUAUUUGGACAUCACAUCUUGGAUGGUAGUGAGAGCGAGACGCACAGCACUUCCCCCAGACCCAGACCACCGGGUAGACCUGUCAGCGGUCAUGGUCCUGCAAUGGCCAUCUUUGAACUCCUAGACUACAUAGUAAAUGAGCCCCCUCCUAAACUACCACAUGGCAUCUUCACUUCUGAUUUCCAGGACUUUGUGACCAAGUGUCUCAUCAAAAAUCCAGCAGACAGGGCUGACUUGAAAAUGUUGAUGAACCAUACAUUUAUCAAGCGGUCUGAGGCGGCAGAGGUAGACUUUGCUGGCUGGCUUUGUAAAACCAUUGGGAUGAACAAACCUGGAACUCCCACGCGUGCUGCAAACUGAGCACACACUCCCAACACAUUCUUGCACACAGUAUGCUCACGCAACAACAUGGAGAUGCUGCUGUCUAAAACACUCACACCUUGCGUGCCACAUUCCUCCCUCAGGUGAACCUCUGAAGCCUCCAUCUUUCAAAUCUACUGACAUGUAAGCCAGUUGAUCACAUGCUAGGAAAGGUACUGUGUCUAUAGUUGUCACCUUGUGUGGAAAGUCAGCACCCAUUUCUGUUAUCCAUACUUUGUUUUUUUUAAAUCAAUUACAGCAUAAUUUCUCUGAAUGAUUUUUGGCGUAGUUUGAUUCAGGAUUUUGGGCCAUUAAAUCUGUAUUUUGGAGACUAAGAAACCUGGAGCUGCCAGAUUGGAAUCCUACUAUAAAAUGCUAGCCUUUGCAUUUUAAUUUGUCACUGUUCUUACAACCAUGCUGCACUUUUUUCCAUGUUUGGCUAAUGAAUGCCAUUAGGCUUUUGUUUAGCCUCACCCACCAUCCUGCAGUCAUACAGACUGAACAUACUGUAUCAAAACUGGAAAAGAUAUUCCUCAACAGAAAAUUCAUAUAUUAGCUGUGUGAUUUUCUAACGUGUCUUUUUCAAUUCUGCUUUUCAGUUUUUCUAGUCUGAAUUUCUCAGAAGUGUUGUGAGGUUUACAGCACGAGUGUGUCAAUCCCAGUUAUUACAGUCAUGGUUGAGAAUCUGUACAUGUGUACAGGUAGAUACAUAUAUUGCUUUUAUAUGUGUUAUGCAAACAAAGUGAGAAAUGGAAGAAUAUGUUUAUUUUACUAAAUAGCUUGGGUUGCAUGUCUGUGUUAGCAUUUUUUGACGUGACUGAUUUCUACACAUUUUCAGAUGCCUCGAGGUGAAGCACAAUGUUGUAGUGUGACCCUCAUGUCAUGGAAAAAAUUAAAAAAUAAAUUACAACCUUAAAUGCACCUCUGUAGCAGCAUCCUCACCUUUUUGUGGUACCUUUUUUAGUUUCAGAUUAGCUACGCUAGGGCAGAGGAUGCCUUUGGAAAUAGCAUAAAUCCAUCCCUUGACAGUACCCUCUGUAACAAGACUGCUUUUAUCACUUGAGCAAGCUACAUCGCUACUCACUAAGCAGUCUCAGUGGAAACAAAUAGUUAUUUCUAUGUUGUGGCAGGAGUAGGGCAUUUCGCUACUUUGUUUUUUUGGGGGGUACCUCCUCCUAUAAAUCAUGGUUUAAAGAUAUAAAUGUUUUUUAUGGUAAAAUCAACGAGAACUUUAUCUUUCUGAAGUCACAAUUGUCAAUAAAUGGUAUGUGUUGGAACACA